AAUAUUAAUAAUAUAGAUAUAGCAAUAUAUAAAAAAAGAAAAAAAAGAGGAAAAACUGCUCCACCGGAUUCCCUUUCUCCUCAGCUGAAGAAAUUCGAUAAUCAUUACCCGGUGGGGUGGGGAGUAUAAAUUGAUAGAAAACCCCAAUUUUCCCAUUCGGCCCCCCAUUUUCCCUCGAAUUGCACCCUCUGCCACUCUCUUCUCGAUCUCCUUCAAAUCUCCCCUCUCGUUUUCUCUCACUGACCCACCGUUUGGUUGCAGGAUGUUGUAGAGCAAAAACGAAGAUAAAUUUUGCGAAUUUGUUUUUUCUCGAAUAUUCCGGUGAUCUGAGAUCUGUCUUCGCUUAGUCACUGCUAAUUUGAAGUCUGCUGUGGGCGUUGUACGUAGAGAGAUCCGUCGUGUGGUGGAGCUUGGUUCAUCGAUCUGUGGAACGUAACGUCGUCAGUUUUCUUCCUGAAGAUUAAGCGUUUUCUGAGCUAGAGAGGAGCUAGGGUUUUUAAAUUCGUGGAUUAUGGAAUGUGAAUGGGAAGAUUAGGGUUUAACUUAACCAGUAUCGUCUUGUAUUUAAAUUGUUUUUUGGGAUGAACCGGAGUUUUAGGGCUCCCGAUAGGGGGCAAAUCGGGAGUCUGAGACCAAGGGAUAAUAAAGAUGAGGACUUGGCGUUGUUUCGGGAAAUGCGGAAGCGCGAGAAGGAAAGGAACGAUCUUCUUCUUCUUCAGAACUCCGACGAGUUCGAUGCUCCACUUGGACCAAGGAGUGGUAGUUCUCCAAUAUUUAAUAUAGCUUCUGGUACCACUGCGCCUGUCCGGAAGAACGUUGCUGAUGAUUUUCUCAAUUCUGACAAUGAUAAAAAUGAUUAUGAUUGGCUUUUAACACCUCCUGGCACCCCACUUUUUCCUUCAUUAGAAAUGGAAGGACACAAAACUGUCAUGAGCCAGCUGGGCACUCCCAAAGCUCGCCCUACUGCUCUUAAGUCUAGACUAGCCAAUGCCCAAUCGGAGCCUGCUAGGAGCACUUUAUCAUCUAGACAGCAAGUCUUAUCUCCUGGGGCUGGUUUAAAUACUUCAACUGGAGGACUUCGCCGACCAACUUCUUCUGGUGGUCCUGGGUCAAGACCUGCAACACCAACUGGUCGUCCAACUGUGAGCUCAAUAUCUAGAUCCACCUCGACCUCAUCUUCGAAUAAAUCUGCAUCGACUGCGGCAGUUAAGACUACCUCCAACGCCACAUCUAAAGUAAUGUCAACUACAACAUCAAAACCUUCAAGAUCUGCAACGCCUACUCGCUCCACAUUGUCUUCAGCAAAGCCCACAGUUCCUCCAAGAUCUUCCACCCCAACAUCGAGGUCUACUGUAAGAUCCUCAACGCCGACAAGCAGAGCCUCCGUACCAGCAUCUAAGUCGACAUCCAGAUCAUCGACUCCUACUCGUAGACCAACAACAUCCACUGCUACACGAACACCUGCUGUUUCAUCAAAGUCCCCAACUGCCUCUUCAGUUGCCAAGCCAGUUUCUACUGCCGCAAAAAAUCCCAUGCAGGCACGGUCAAAUUCUCCUACAGUGAGACCUAGACCGUGGAAGCCUUCAGAGAUGCCCGGGUUUUCUCUUGAUGCUCCACCAAAUCUGAGAACAUCCCUGUCUGACAGGCCACCUUCAGCCACUAGAGGUAGACCUGGUGCACCAAGUUCUCGGUCAUCAUCUAUUGAACCCGCUUCAAAUGGAAGGAUUAGAAGACAAUCUUGUUCUCCUGCAAGAGGCCGGCCCCCUAAUGGCAUGAUUCAUAACAGUGGAAGCUCUGUGCCUGUUCAUGCUGCAAGUCGGUUGCAUGCUAAGGCUAAUGACAACGUGAGCCCUGCUCUAGUCGGAACUAAAAUGGUCGAAAGGGUGAUAAAUAUGAGGAAACUGGCCCCUCCCAAGCAAGAUGAUAAACAUUCACCCCACAGCAACUUAUCUGGAAAGUCUUCAUCACCGGACAGUGCUGGGUUUGGAAGAACACUUUCAAAGAAAUCCUUAGAUAUGGCCAUAAGACACAUGGAUAUAAGACGGACUAUUCCAGGCAAUCUGCGGCCUCUUAUGACCAACAUCCCUGCAUCCUCCAUGUAUAGUGUGAGAUCCGGGCCAACCAGAAGGACAACCAGCAUCUCAGAUUCUCCGCUUGCGACAAGCAGUAACUGCAGCUCUGAAUUUAGUGUCAACAACAACGGGCUAUGCAUGGAUGGAGGCGAAGCCGAUGAGGAUGUGAGCAGCGAUAAGGGUAUCCGAUCUCCAGGCAGCUUACGCGGCAGGUGAUGAUGAUACGUAUUAUUUUGUGUUGUAGACACCCACUACUGGCAAGCAAGAGUAACAACUGAGACACAACCCUCUUCUCCUAAAAGAAAAGGAAAAAGCUGGAGAGCUGUCUUAUAUGUUAGUGUAAAUUUCUACUAUGCAUCAUGAGUAGUAUGCCCAUUCAACUAUCCUCUAUUAAUCUGUACCAGCACUGUCUUCCAGUUUGUUGUUUGUCGGGCCCAUGGAAUGUAACACCUAUUAUUGAACCUCUAAUUUGUUCAAAGCUAAUUUGAGAAAUCUCUCAACAUCUUUAUGGGGCUUUAAUGAAAAUUCAAUUGCAGAA